UCACCUUUUAAGCCUACUUCCGGGUUCUGUCACAAGAUUUUGUUUUGUGUCUGUUUUUACUAAUAAAAUUCUUAGAACUGUGAUAAAACAUUUAGCCAGUAUGGGGAAUAAAUCUUCUAUGCAGCUUCAACAAGAAGAAAUUGAUGAAAUUCAAAAGGAAACAGGAUUUUCCCACAACCAGAUUGUUCGCCUCUUCAGCAGAUUCACAAGUCUAGACAAGAAUAACAACGGCUUCCUCAGUCGAGAAGACUUCCUGAGAAUUCCUGAGCUCGCUAUUAAUCCUCUGGGUGACAGAAUCGUGCACUCUUUCUUCUUAGAGAGCAAUGAAGAGACCGUCAACUUCAAGCAGUUUAUGAGCGUACUGGCCAGAUUCAGACCCACUAAGUCUAAUGAAAGCAAGAAUAAACUCAACACAAGGGAGGAAAAACUCAAAUUUGCUUUCAAGAUGUAUGACUUGGACAGUGAUGAGAAGAUCUCCCGAGACGAAUUGUUGGCCGUGUUACACAUGAUGGUCGGAGACAAUAUCUCAGAAGACCAGCUGAACAGCAUUGCUGACAGAACUAUCACGGAGGCUGAUGAAGAUGGAGACAGCAUGAUCUCAUUUGUGGAGUUUAAAAAGGUUAUGGAGAGAGUGGACGUUGAGCAGAAGAUGAGUAUUCGAUUCCUGAACUAGACACCACAAAACACUGCAGCAUCAAUCCAGUUCCUGAACAAGACACUUCAAAACACUGCAGCAUGAAUCCAUUUUCUCAACAAGAGACCACAAAACACUGCAACAUGCUAAACAUUCUUGGAGUGACUCUGUUUGAACGUGUAAUCAUCUAGUUUGUAUAAACAGAAUUCAUGGCUAACUACAUGUACAUAAAAGUUUCAGUAAAGCUUAUGUCGAAUGCAUUUAACUAUCCUGUCACAAAACUUAAUAUGUGUUAUUUUUGUUAAGGUACUAAUUAUUCAUUCACUCAGCACUAACUAUUUAUUAUUAUAUUUAAACAGGAAUUAGGCUAUUUAUAUAUUAUGAUGUAUUAUAUUUAUGAAGCACACACUUCUACUUGUAAUGCUUUUAGCAUGCCAUGACUUGACCUGUGUCAUAAUACUAACAGCAGCUGGUUUGCUUUAAUCUGAUGGUUAUCUUUUAACUUUUAUUGGGGUGUUUUGGGUAUGUGUGAAUGACAAACCAAUUUUGUAAAUUACAAUUUUUAUUGACUGAGUGGUUUUGGAUUGAAAAUAUAAGAAAAUGAACAAAUUUCAGACCAAAUUUUUUAACCGUUUUUCUGUUACUGAAAUUAGUCCGACGUAGUCAAAAUUGGUCCAGACCAGCAAAUUGUCAGUUUUUAGAAGCCCUGCAUAUUAGUAUACAAUCUAAUAUCAUAAAGGAUUUUCAUUUGAUUGCUUGUGCUGUAAAUAAAGUAUGUAUAUUUUUCACUAAAAAUUAAUCUUUUUUUAAGAAUUUUGAGUGGGAAAAAAGCAAUAAAAGCUGUAACCUUACAGUUUUAUUAAAUGUUGUUGCUUUUUUGAAAAUUAAAAAAGUUACCUGUUGUUUCAAAAUAGUCUGUUUCAAAAGAAACAGCGUGAUUUAAGAAAUAAAUUGGAGUUUAUGUUUAAUAACUCCAAGACAUGGCACUUCCAAACAGAUACAUGUAGAACUGGUAGUUUUCUUUACUUUAAAUAUGGGCAAAGGUUUAAGAAUCCACUUAUCUUGAUAGCAAUUAUAUUGGAUAGGAAAUAACAUGCCCUACUUGCAUAUACAAUAUAUUAGCAAUAUAUACAGCAAAUAUGACAUACGUUAUCAUUACAAUACAUACGUGCAUUUAAAUAUAAGUACAUGUUUGUUUAUUUCUUUUGAUGUACUUUUGAAAAUAUGUUUCCUUGAUUAAACGGGUAUAGUUAG